AUGCCCCUCCCACCUCAACUACAUGCCCUUCAUCAAGACAUGAUGAUGCAGCUGUACUUUGUCCUCACAUAUUCUAUUCUGUUCUGGAGCUGGGACCUAUCAGAAUGCUCAGCUAUUGACCUCUACAUACAGUCCUUGUAUGUUGGACACUUUAAUGCCACCUACUCCAUCAUUACAUUUAUCACUUGUGAUGCAAAGGUAAUGGUGCCUAAUCUUAAUCUAUGCACUGUCCUCAACCAGUGCAAUGCACUCAAUUCACAUAACAUGCUUCCAACACCAGAGCCUUCUUUGACCCCAGUUACUGUUCAUUCUCAAUCAAUCACCUCUGAUAUGCAAUGCCCUUGA